AACCCUCCCGGCAGCUGAGUCCAGCAUUUCUCCUCCGCUUUUUUCCUCCUCUUCCUCCUCCUGCUCUUCCUCCUUCGCUCCAGCUCUCUGCACCUGCCUGCAGCCGCUAGCCAUGUCCCACUCCGCAACCCAGGGAAGCAUCGGAAGCCACUCCUCUGGAGUAGGCCUACGCUCUCACAGAAUGUGCGUCUUCGAGUUUGAGAACUUCCAGGGCCGCAGGAUGGACAUCACCGGAGAGUGCCGGAACCUGUGCGAACGCGGGUUCGACAGGAUCGGGUCGAUCAGGGUCGAGUGCGGACCCUGGGUGGGGUUUGAGCACCAGAACUUAUCGGGAGAGAUGUUCAUGCUGGAGAAGGGGGAGUACCCGCGCUGGGACACCUGGUCAAACAGCUACAGGUGUGACCGUCUCAUGUCCGUCAGGCCUGUCCGCAUGGACCCUCAGGAUCAUAAGAUUUGCCUGUUUGAGUGUGUGAACUUCGAGGGCCGUAAGAUGGAGGUCUGUGACGAGGACAUCCCCAGCCUGUGGUCUUACGGCUUCCAGGACCGAGUGGCCAGCAUCCAGGUCACUGGGGGAACGUGGGUAGGCUACCAGUACCCUGGCUACCGUGGCUACCAAUACGUUUUCGAAUUCGGUCCUUACAAGCACUGGAACGAGUGGGGCGCCCACCACCCGCAGAUCCAGUCCAUACGCCGCGUGAGGGACAUGCAGACGCAUCGCCGCGGCUGCUUCGAGAUGAGCGCGUAGGUGUGAAAGCUCGCGCGGCAGCCAGCCACGGCGGACACCGCCAACCAGAGACCGCCAAACGCCCACGCAGCUCCUGACCGCCACUUCCUGUCCAGCCACACGAGUCCACACCUGUCGUUUAACUACUACCGCUGCUAUUACAAAAUGCGUUAUGGCACGUGCCAAAACAAAAUAGCACCCCGAUUGGUCUUUCGGGAUGGAAGUAGUAAUAUUAGUUCUAAUUAUAGUGGCAUUUUAAGAGUCAGGAUAUAUUCUAUGGCCUGAAUUAAUUAAAGUGCAAAUACAUUUUAAAACGGGGCAUUUUGGAGCAUUAUUACUAGACUGAAUACAAACUGUUUUGUUUUUAUUUAGAUUUCUGCAGCCCCUCUGUUUUGUGUUUCUCUCUGCUUCUGUGUUUCAAUUACAGGGAAUUGCAUGUGUCUGCUUAUCUUUGAGGUUGACCCCGUGGUCUGUGAUUAAUUUACAUAUACAGAAUACAUUUUAUAAAACAUAAAACUACCUGACUCAUUGCCUUGUGCGAGCCUGCAGUCAGUUGACUGGUCCAUAGGGGGGCAGUGUUUCCUCAACCGCUGUUACGAAAUCGUAUUCUCUUUUGAUACUCGUCCAGAUGGUGUGCUGCGCGCACAGGACAUUCUGGGCGCGUGGGUGGCGCCAGAGGAGAUGGUUCGUAGCGGGGACUGAAAGAGAGACUAGCCGAAAUGACAGCGCUAUUGCGCCGAGCUACUUUUUUAAAGUUUGUAACCUACUAUGCGACAGCCAAUUCUGCAAAGUCUUGUUACACUGUACCUUUCUCAGGGAUGCUGGCAUCUGGAAAGCGAAUUUCCUCUGAAAAAUAAAAGAUUUCAAACCUCAGUUACGGCAGCAGUCAGUAGCUCAUGUGACAGCUCUGUUGUCCCCUUUCAUUAAUCUCAGUUGUUUUUUCUCCUAACUGGAUUUUUUUUGUCUGUAUCACAUCUACAAAUAAAUGUCGAAACUGUUUUAUUGUUGCAUCUUUAGAAAU